AUCGUCCACGAAAAACAGAACAUUAUUGUCGAUUCUGAUAGUGAUUUACACGCUGAUCUAAAAAAAAAAAAAAAAAAAAAAAACAAAAGAAAACUGGAUGGCUCAUUGGCCACCAAAACUGAAGUCGCCAUCCGCCAUCUUGAGACUCCCAAAACAACCAUGCCGACCUGUGCAGUUUUGUGGCUGUGAGAAAACAUUCCACUGUGCCAAAAACACGCGUGGAUGCUUCCGGCAGAAAGCAUAACCACGCAAAGGCUUUCGCAGUGGGGGAGAGUGCGUGGACGACGUAGCCAGCCGGGGAUGGUUCACCGACUGCAAUGCGUGGAGGCUUAACUGAGCGCGUCCACUCGGGAUUUCCACGGCUAGAGAUGUGACGUGGGGUCGCUGCGACAGAAAGUGAGGAUGAGGAGCCGCAGCAAUUCGGGAGUGAGGCUGGAUGGGUACGCCAGGCUGGUCCACGAGACCAUUCUCUGUCACCAGAACCCGGUGUCAGGCCUCCUCCCCGCCAGCGCCCAGAAAAAGGACGCCUGGGUGAGGGAUAAUGUGUACAGUAUCCUGGCGGUGUGGGGGCUGGGCAUGGCCUACCGCAAGAACGCCGACCGAGACGAGGACAAGGCCAAGGCCUACGAACUGGAGCAGAGUGUCGUCAAACUGAUGCAAGGACUACUGCGUUGCAUGAUGCGACAGGUUGCCAAGGUGGAGAAGUUCAAACACACCCAGAGCACGACGGAUUGCCUGCACGCCAAAUACGAUACGCCCACGUGUGGCACGGUGGUGGGCGAUGACCAGUGGGGCCAUCUUCAGGUGGACGCCACCUCCGUUUACUUGCUGAUGUUGGCGCAGAUGACGGCAUCAGGUCUUCGCAUCAUCUCAAACCUGGACGAAGUCGCUUUUAUCCAAAACCUGGUCUUCUACAUAGAGGCUGCGUACAAGGUGGCGGAUUACGGGAUGUGGGAGCGAGGGGACAAAACCAACCAAGGCAUCCCUGAGCUCAACGGGAGCUCUGUCGGAAUUGCGAAGGCAGCUCUCGAGGCGAUCGACGAGUUGGAUCUUUUCGGCGCCCACGGUGGACCCAAGUCUGUCAUCCAUGUCCUUCCCGACGAAGUGGAACACUGCCAGUCCAUCCUGUGCUCCAUGCUGCCCAGAGCUUCCACUUCCAAGGAGAUCGACGCCGGCCUGCUGUCCGUCAUUUCCUUCCCCGCGUUUGCCGUGGAGGACGCCGAGUUAGUGGCCAUCACCAAGUCGGAGAUCAUUCGCAAGUUGCAGGGACGCUACGGUUGUUGCCGCUUCAUCAGGGAUGGAUAUCAUUGCCCUAAAGAGGACCCGACCCGACUGCAUUAUGAUCCCGCUGAACUGAAGCUCUUUGAGAAUAUCGAAUGCGAGUGGCCAGUUUUCUGGACCUACCUCAUUCUUGAUGGUAUCUUUGCAGGCGACCAAGUGCAGGUGCAGGAGUACCGUGAGGCACUGGAGGGCAUUUUGAUUCGAGGGAAAAAUGGAAUCAAAUUGCUGCCGGAACUUUAUGCUGUACCAAACGACAAGGUGGAGGAGGAGUACAGCAACCCGCACACUGUGGACCGAGUCGCCCUGGGUCAGGUGCCUCACAUGUGGGGACAAUCGUUGUACAUCCUGGGCUGCCUUUUGGCUGAGGGAUUUAUGGCACCGGGGGAGAUCGACCCUCUCAACAGGAGAUUCUCGACAAAUUUAAAGCCUGACGUUGUGGUGCAAGUUUGUGUCUUGGCAGAGUCGGAGGACAUCCGGAACUUGCUGAACGAGCACGAGAUAAAAGUCCAAAUGUUGUCUGAGGUUCUGCCAAUCCGGGUACUGCCUGCUCGCAUCCUGAGCCACAUCUACGUCCGACUGGGGAAUUGCAAGAAGCUGAAUUUGAGCGGGAGGCCCUACAGGCACAUCGGCGUUUUGGGGACGUCCAAAUUCUACGAGAUCCGCAACCGCUCGUACAUAUUCACCCCUCAGUUUCUGGAUCAGCACCAUUUCUACUUGGCCCUGGACAACCAGAUGAUCGUGGAGAUGCUGCGUACGGAGGUGGCCUACCUAUCGUCUUGCUGGAGGAUGACCGGACGACCCACCCUGACCUUCCCCGUCACCCGCAGCAUGCUUGUUGAAGACGGAGAUGCAAUUGACCCGUGUAUCCUAGCAACGCUGAGGAAGGUGCAGGAUGGCUAUUUUGCUGGAGCAAGGAUGCAGAUGUCGGACCUCUCCUGCCUCCAGACCACUUCCUUUCACACUCGGCUCAGCUUCUUGGAUGAAGAAAACGACGACAGCUUACUUGAAGACGAUGAAGAGGUUGAUAACGACUACGGGGAAGAAUACAGCUGCUGCGAGCCGUCAGAAGGCUCAGACGACAUGUUUGAUCAGUACCUCACGCAGCUCCUCCACAGCACCGCCACCAGAUGUCAUCUUCCUCCCAUCCAGAGAGGGCAGCACCACGUGUUCAGUGCCGAACACACCACCAGGGACAUCCUGUCUCUGAUGGCCCAGGUUCAGGGUCUGAACGUGCCCAAGUCUUCCAUGUAUCUGCCCGUUGCCCCGCUCAUGAGCAAGCAUCGCAAAUCUCUCAACCUGUUAGAAGUUCCCCUCGCUGCGCCGCAUGCAAAGCAGCACAAGUGUCGCAGCGCAGCCGACCUGCACCUGCCCCGCGACGCCCAAGGCAACACGGAUUUCGCAGCGCUGGUGAGGCAGCUGAAGGAAUGUCCCACUCUGCAGGACCAAGCAGACAUCCUUUAUAUCCUCUAUGUGAUGAAGGGAGCCGAUUGGCUGGUGGAGGUGUCGGGUCCGGGCCACGGUUGGGUGAGCGUACGCACGCUGCUGGAGGAGCUGUACGUGGAAGCCGGGGGCUGCAAGGAAUGGGGUCUCAUCAGAUACAUCUCCGGAAUACUGCGCAAGAGAGUGGAGGUGCUCUCCGAGGCCUGUACGGAUCUUAUUUCCCACCACAAGCAGAUCACCGUGGGCCUUCCUCCUGAACCCAGGGAAAGAGUCAUCACGGUUCCACUCCCUCCCGAGGAGCUGAAUGCGCUCAUCUUUGAAGCCAGCGGUCAGGACAUCAGCGUUGCCGUUCUCACUCAGGAAAUCAUGGUCUACUUAGCCAUGUACGUGCGCUCCCAGCCCGCCCUGUUCGGAGACAUGCUCCGACUGAGAAUAGGACUCAUCAUGCAAGUGAUGGCCACCGAGCUGGCUCGCAGCCUGCGAUGCUCCGGAGAGGAGGCCUCCGAAAGCCUGAUGAGCCUCAGUCCUUUUGGCAUGAAGAACCUGCUGCACCACAUCCUGAGUGGCAAAGAGUUUGGGGUGGAAAAAAGCAUGCGACCUAUCCAGUCAACAGCCACCAGUCCAUCCAUUUCCAUCCACGAACUGGGGCACACCGGCGCCACCAAGACGGAACGCUCGGGAAUACACAAACUCAAGAGCGAAAUCAGACAGAUCCUCGGCGGCGGUCUCUCCACGUGCAGCAAUGUAACCUCCCCUCGCUCCACGCGUUGCAGCAGCCCCUCCACUCCAAGCGGGAUGUUAUCGCCAGUGGGCUACGGGCUAGGUGAUGGGCAGCUGCACUGGGAGGAAAAGCAAGGCCAGUGGCUGAGGAGACGCAGGUUGGACGGAGCAAUCAACAGAGUGCCGGUGGGUUUCUACCAGAAGGUGUGGAAGAUUCUCCAGAAGUGCCACGGCCUGUCCAUCGACGGCUACGUCUUACCCUCGUCCACCACGAGAGAGAUGACGGCCAGAGAGAUCAAGUUUGCAGUGCAGGUGGAGUCCGUUCUAAACCACGUCCCUCAGCCGGAGUACAGGCAGCUACUUGUGGAGACGCUGACAGUUCUGGGCCUGGUGGCCGACGUGGACGUUGACAGCAUCGGGGGUGUCAUCCACGUGGAGCGCAUUCUCCACAUGGCCAACAAUCUGUUCCUCAGCGACCAGAAAUCUCACAGUGCCUGCGAUUACUUCCUCGAGAAGGACCCCGCAACAGGAAUCUGCAACUUUUUCUACGACAGCGCCCCCAGUGGCCGCUAUGGCACCAUGACUUAUUUGUCCAAAGCCGCCAUCACGUACGUUCAGGACUUCCUGCCGAGUUCCAGCUGCCUGAUGCAGUGAAAAAAUAAAUCAUUGCCACUAGUUUGGAAAACUGUUUUAAACAUUUUUCCUUAUCUUAUAUAGCCGGCUUAAGGUUCAUGCACUAGUACGCUCCUUAUCCUCACUACUAAGAUAAUUCAGUGCAUCCAGUCCUUCCCCUAGUUAGGUUUCACACAAAUAAAUGCUAGUCAAAGGUUCAGGAUUAUAAGGUGGAUAAGUAUUAUAUGGAAUAAAUGCUCAGACAACUCAACUCAUACUCAAGCUGUUCCUAAAAGACGCAUGUGCGUAUAAUAAUUUACUCUGAAGCUGUCUUAUUGAGAUAAUAGUCUUCAUAUUUCCAUUGUCAACUGUGGACUGUGGACGGACUUGACAUGUAUUCGUUUAAUCAGCCUCUGUUGUGCGCUCUACGGCACAAAAGACAGACAUCAUGUCGUCUUUAAGAAUUUGAUAUAGUCAUAUUGUACGUAUAUCUGUGACCUGGUAAUAUUUUCAGUCCCGUCUGCCUGCAUUGUGCCACAGCGCGAGUAAAAAAAAACGGCCAGUUUUUGGACACAUUGUCCAUUCCUGAUGGUUUCUUUUAUCCGAUAUCAGCUAUAUCGUGUGUAGUGUACAUUUAUUGUAUGUUGCAUAAUGAAUAACAUUUAUUAACAGUUUGGAAAAU